UUUUAUAUGCAGGCUUGCGCCUGUCACUUCUCCCCUGUCCUUGCUCCCCCUCGAUCCCGCAUCAGUGCGUCACAUUCACCGGGAAUGGCAACGCUCAAGGUCCCAGCCACUGUUCCUCCCGUCGCCGAUGACUGCGACCAGCUGCGCAAAGCAUUCCAAGGGUGGGGCACGAACGAGGCGCUCAUCAUCUCCAUCCUCGGCCACCGCGACGCCGCGCAGCGCCGCGCCAUCCGCCGCGCUUACGCCGAGGCCUACGGCGAGGAGCUCCUCCGCUCCAUCACGGACGAGAUCUCCGGCGACUUCGAGAGGGCCGUGAUCCUGUGGACGCUGGACCCAGCGGAGCGCGACGCGGUGCUGGCCAACGAGGCGGCGCGGAAGUGGAAGCCCGGGAACCGUGUGCUCGUCGAGAUCGCCUGCACGCGCACCUCCGCGCAGAUCUUCGCGACCAGGCAGGCUUAUCACGAGCGGUUCAAGCGCUCGCUUGAGGAAGACAUCGCUGCGCACGUCACUGGGGACUUCCGCAAGCUAUUGGUGCCACUUGUAAGUACUUACCGCUAUGAUGGACCAGAGGUCAACACAAGGUUGGCACACUCAGAAGCCAAACUACUUCAUGAGAAGAUCCAUCACAAGGCUUACAGUGAUGAUGAGAUCAUCAGAAUCCUCACCACUAGGAGCAAACCUCAGCUGAUUGCUACAUUCAAUCAUUACAAUGAUGCAUUUGGCCACCGAAUCAACAAGGAUCUGAAGGCUGACCCCCAGGACGAGUACCUCAGAACGCUGCGGGCGAUCAUCCGGUGCUUCAGUUGCCCUGACAGGUACUUUGAGAAGGUGGCUAGGCAGGCCAUAGCGGGGCUAGGCACAGAUGAGAACUCCCUGACCAGGGUCAUCACCACCCGCGCUGAGGUGGACCUCAAACUGAUUAAGGAGGCGUACCAGAAGAGGAACAGCGUGCCGCUGGAGCGGGCCGUCGCGGGGGACACCUCCGGCGACUACGAGAGCAUGCUCCUCGCGCUCCUGGGGCAGGAGUGAUGAGCCGUACUGGUGCGCUGGUGCCUUUCUGACCGGCGCCGUGGUGUUUGUUCGUGAUCGUAAUAAACCUGAUUGCCUAGCUGUACGUGAGGCUGUUUCUUCGGUCCUGGUACUGUCGCUGCAGCAUGCAUAGCAGUGGACCAGUGGUGAUAAAUAAGUUACUGUGCUUUCGACGAAUGAACCCUUUUUUUGUGUCUAAGUUGUGGAACCUCGAGAAAGUUUUUGUGUCUAA